AUGCAAGUCAAGAAACCAAACAAUUUUAUGGAGUGGAAGAGGACAUGGGAACUAUAUAAUAUUGGUAUUUCUGCUGACGGGACAUGGCGACGAAGCCUCCAUGGUGGUACGCAUAACCAAAACGAAGCAUACAAUGCACCCAUUCCAGUCUUCCUACUGUUGAAUUGGCUACCUAUCUUGCAGUUGGUCACUUCAAUGAUGGAUCCAGAACAAUUUUAUCUGUUUUGGAAAAUCUUAGUGUUGACCCUGGAAUCUAUUCUACCAAAGCCUGUAAGAAGAUUGAUAUUGACCGGAUUUGGCGCUCGGGCUAAAAGAGCUCUGAUGCAUCUAAAAAGCGCCGCAGAAAAAUUAUACAGUAGAAAAAGGGGCAUAAUGAAACCCAGGAAGCAAAAGAGGAACCCCAGUAUGAGGCUGGUGCUUUCUAAUUGGGAACAUGAACUUUGGUUCAAGUUUAACAUAUAAAUCAAACUUCAGAGUGAUUUUUCUCAUUUUUGAGAAUUUGAAUGUUCCGAGAGCCAAUAAUUGCAAUAUCUUGAGAAGUAUUUUACAUAUAAGCCUGAAAUUUUCACUGUGAAUUCAUACAAGUAUUAGCUGUGCAAUGACCUAUUAUUUUCCUGUUUGACUACCCCAAACAAUAUUUAGAGCCUUUGGACAACAUGUUGUUGGAGAAUUUUUCUUACCAAUUUUGAGAAAGGCCAAAAUAUAUGAAAGCAUUAGAAUAUCUGGAAAAUAAUAGGUCAUUGCACAGCUUUUGUAUUACACAUAUCACUUAGAAAAUUUCAGACCCCUAGCACUUUUCGUUUAGGAGAAAUCACUGUUGGCGUGACCAACAGUUUGACGACUUUAAAAAUGGGUUGGGUGGGGAAAAGGGUGUGGCUCCUUAGCAACUGUAGAUAUGGACAAAAAAUGUUUUGUAAGUUGAAGCUAUUAGACCAUUGUAUCUAUUAAUUCAAAUUAAAUUAUCAGAAAAGCACCUGCACUAUGAUAAAUAGUGCUCUCAAAAUAGCCCUAUUUUGACUAUCGAGCCACCUUAAGUGGUUCCGAAUAUUUGAAAAACAUUGAAAAAUAUUAAAGUUAAAUGUCAUUGAAAACUGAAAAUUCGCGUCGCGUUGCCAAAUCGCGUUCGAUCUGUAUGGACCUUUAAGGUCCUGACACACCGGACGCGAUUCGACAACGCGACGCGAUUUUUCGAUUUUCACUGACCGAUAACUUUGAUCCUAGUUUGAAUUUUCCAAAUAUUUAGAAUCGCUAUAACAUUUUGAAUUACUUGGUCUACAUAUGUUUCAAAAUUUGCUCUCAUUGGCUGUUUUAUUAACAAUUCAAAAACUAAAAAACCGCGUCGCGUUGUCGAAUCGCGUCCGGUGUGCAUGGAUCUUUAGUCGACUAAAUACGGCAAGUGUUCCAACUGCGUUUUUCGCACUCAGAUUUAAGGUUAAAGGUUUAAGGUUUAGAGUUUCGAAGGAUCUAUCUACUCUAUGUCCCUAUAAUGAUCUAUAAAUAAAGUAUCUAAUCUUAUUUCGUCCAAAAGUACCGCAGUAUCGUGUAUUGUACGACAUAGCAGUCGAGGCGCAUGACGCCAAAAAGAAGACCGCUGCAAACAAAGGCAGAUUUGACAUGUUCCCGAAAACGCCAGUGUCAAAGUUCGUCAGAGCAGCGAAGUUUGGGACGACAUUUGGAGGACUGGUGAAGAGUGUGCCCGCUUCUAUGGCCGUCCCACAAUCCCAAGAGCGCUCGGGGUCCAUUGUAGCAGCUUUGAAGAAAACCGCGAACGUUGCCAUGGAAAUAGGAUCGCCAGCGAAGUUGAUGGGCAAUGUAAUCGACGUCAUGAAAAAACCUGAAGCAAUCGAAGCUAGUGACGUCAUAAGGUAACAACCCACUGGUCUCUAAAGUUGACUGGAUAGUGUACAUGAUGGAUAAUUUACAUAAACUUUAGCUUUGAUUCUCUCGGCUUGGCAACGUAUUUUUUAAAAUUACUUCGCCAAUGAACUUAGUAGAUCGAUCGUUUUUGAAGCGAUUUAAAACAUUCGCAGUGCGUGUUUUAUCAGACCUAAAGAUACUCGGCUUCGCUUCGUAUCUUUAUAUCUGAUAAAACACUGCUGCUCAUGUUUCAAAUAAUAUAUAAUACGAGUGAUAUUUAGUUGCAUAAGCCGUGAAAUUUAGUGUCAUGGUUUAGGGGUAGACAAAUACAUGUUAGGUUUUCAAAGAACGAGGUCACAAAGUAGUAUAUCAAAAGUUUAAAAGUAGUAAAUGUUUCUGAACUGUGACUUGCAUGGUGAAUAAUGGUAAGCGUGUAUUUAGAAAUUUAAUGUAUUUCAUUACAGAGCAAAGAAAGGAGCCGCAAAAACAAGGAAAGAAGCCCAAGGGCAGGUUGGUUUAUAAAAUUAUAUUCAAUUUUAAGGAGCGAAUGAUAUUUAUGGCGUGGGCUGGCACCGAAGACAAAUUUUUUCGCGGUAAAAAUGUCGCAGAACCAACAAUUAAAAAGUAAAAAAAAAAAAUUACCCAGCCUGGAAUAUCAAUUAAAAAAUAAAUACCCAUCCCUGGCCAAAAACAUUACAAAAGGAUACCAUUCAGUUGUCACACAUGUCCUUUAUCAAAUCAAAUCAAAUCAUAUUUAUUUCCGUAGGGUAACCUCUUCAGUAAUGUAUCACUGGUAUCAAUGAGGGCACUUCUGUGGCAUGAGUUUGAUAACUGCCUGUGCAAUUUUCUGCAGUCUAAAGUUUCAUGUUGUCUGCACAUGUACUUUCUUUGGAGACACCAUUUGCCUCCUGACAAAUCGAAAAAUGAUCAAGAUAGUGACUCUGAUUGAUUUACAUAUUGUAUUGACAUAUGACUGUUGACAUUGCUUUCUAGUCUUCAAUAUUUGAGUGAAUCAUGCUUUGAAAAUGACAAUAAAUUUUUAUUAUACCCAACCCUUGUUUUGUUUUUCAUUUACCCAACCUUUUACUCACUCAAAAUUUUGUUUACCCAACCCCUUUCUCUUCGGUACCACCCCCACCAUAAAUAAUGACCUCUCGAAAAGCCCUCUCGAGCCUUUAAAGUUUCAAAUUGAAAAAGACACAGCAACUCGUUCAUUAAAUGUUGAAUUGCAAGAGCUCUUAUUUCGGCAUGCACAGUGACAAGUGUCUAUUUUUGCACGACCAUCAAGAAAAACCAUUUCAGCUCCGUAAUUCAGGUCGUGUUUCGAAUGAUCUACAGCGCAAUGCGCAGUGACGAGUGCGAAUGUUAUAAAAUUUACAAAAAAUUACAAUAACGACAACCGUACCGUUUCUCGAGGUUUUUGUGAAUUUGGCAAAAGGACAAAAGAAUAUUUAAAUAAGACAACUGAAAUUGCCUCAAUAACCUUCAAAGCACUAAGUAGAAUAGAUCAAACAUAAAUCGUAUACACCCCCCCGGAAAGUUUACUGUAUGACUGAAUGAAUGGCUCGUUUGAAUUUUCGCCACUCAUCACAAUACUGUAAAGUUUCGAAGAAACUUUACACUAAAAAUUAGCUUCUUUCUGGACCAAAUACAGUACGAAUGGUUUUUAGACCUAAUGCGGAACGAACGAGGUGGAAGGCGUAAUGAUUUUAAUGUAUUGAAAUAAGUCUACUAUAUAAUCUAUCACUGACUAGUAACAAAAUUGCAUUAUUUUCCUACGAACCGUGCCUUAUUUCAAUUCGUCAAAAUUAACCUGUCUCACAUCUCGUCCAAGCAAAGAGGAAUCAGAAUACUUUUAAUCACAAAUACUGGUGUUUCUCGCUUACAGGAAAAAGGAAAGAAGCAGUUAACAGCAAAGGAAUACAGAGUACUGAAGAAAAGGAUGCAGGCCGCUGGAAAGACCAUCAGACCUCUGGACUGA